CAGUUUGAUUUUGAAGUUCCAAGCGAAUGUUGACUCAGCGUUGAGCGUUGACUGUUUACGGUUAUUGCCUAUUAGUUUAAAUUUUAUUCUAUAAAAGUACAAAUAGCAUUCAUAUUUCUACUAUGGCUGAUAGCAACAAGAAACCUAAAGUUAUUGUGUUGGGAGGAUGCGGCUUUAUUGGGCGCAAUUUGGUGGCGCAUUUAGUCAGUAAUGAUCUCAUAUCUUAUUUGAGGGUAGUCGACAAAGUUCCCCCUCAAACCGCCUGGCUCAGUAAACGUCAUAAAAAAUACUUUGAAGAUCCAAGGGUGGAUUUCAAAAGUGCCAAUCUUAUCAUACCCGAAUCUUGUCAGAACGCUUUUGCCGGUGAACUGUUUGAUUUUGUGAUAAAUUGUGCCGGUGAAACGAAGCUGGGACAAACUGAGCCGAUUUACCGAGAAGGAAUUCUCAAGUUGAGUUUGAAUUGUGCCGAAACAGCGGCCAAACAGAACUGCAAACGAUACGUCGAAAUAUCCGCGGGUCAGAUGGCGUCCAAUGAUAAGGAAAAACACAAGGAAAGUGACAAAUGCGAUCCUUGGCUGAGUUUAGCCAAAUUCAAACUGCAAGUGGAAGAGCAGCUGGAAGAAAUAGAAGGCCUUAACUACACUGUACUGAGGCCUGCAAUUGUCUAUGGUAUAGGAGACCGUACUGGAAUUGUUCCUCGCCUAGUGCUGGGCGCCGUCUACCGUCACCUGGGUGAAAGCAUGAAGCUGCUGUGGGGUCGAGACCUGGUGACCAACACGUGCCACGUGCGAGACGUGUGUCGGGCCGUGUGGCACGUGGCGAGCGACGCAGGCGACACGUGUCGAGGCCAGGUCUACAACGUGGUCGACGAUAGUGACACAACGCAGGGCAGUCUCAGCGAUAUUGUGUCCGAAAUAUUCAACAUCAACCACGACUAUUACGGCAAUCUCAUAUCGAAGAUCGCUAAGGUGGAAAUGUCAACAGUGGUGGAUGAGGUGAACGACAAGCACCUGGCACCCUGGGCUGAGUUGUGCGCCUUGGGCGGAGUGCAGAACACGCCGCUGUCGCCCUACAUCCAGUUGGAGCUCAUGUACGAGAAGCACCUCAAUUUGGACGCCAGCAAACUGUCCGCCACUGGAUUCCGGCUGGACGUGCCUCGUGUUACCAGGACCGAGUUGCAACAGAUCUUGGACGACCACAUAGAGAUGAACCUGUUUCCGAAUGUGUUCGUUUCUUGAACUGAUUCUUCAACUAGUUGCGCAACAAAACAACUGAGUCAAGCAACAAAACAACUGAAGUAGUUGAAAAAACUGACCAGGAGUAGAUGA